CUCCUUUCCCAUAUAAUUGAGCGAAUCCUAGUGCUUGUAACUGCAACUUGCACCUCCGUAUUUAUGCGCAUUCCAAGAAAAAAUUAUUCAAUAUUUUAUUUUUAAGUGAUCUUGCACUUUGAACUGUAAAAAAAGGUGUUAUAUAAUUCAUAAAUAUAGUUGAAUAAUAAAAUUUGACUAUACUUCGUAACAGAAAUUGUAUUCAUAUGCCGGACAAUACCUAUUCCAAUUGCCGGUGUUCAUGAUGUGAUUUGUAUAAUGUACAAGUAACGUUUUUUUAAUCAAAAAAAGUAGAUUUUAUAUUUACAAUUUCUAAAAGUCAUGUUUUUUUUGUAAAACUGACGAACUGGUUGUACUGUGCAUAUAUAGAUGUUAUGACAUUAACGUAUGAUAAACGUGAAAGAUUCAUAUGAUUUGGAAUACUUCAUAUGAGAAAACACAAGAAAUAACGCAUAAUGAACCAUAUACAAAAUAGUAAUUUAAUUGCUGCUGCCAUCGGUGUGACCGUUGGUGUUAUAAGUGCAGCUGGUAUUUUUAUUUAUCAUAAAAUUUUGGAAAACCAACAGCAUACCAGUACAGUUGGUAAUUUAGAUGCUGCUAAUAAAAAGAUUGUUGAAUUGCAAAAAGAGUUGGAAGCAUUAAGGUUACAGCAAAGUCAACAAAAGAAGAAACGAAAAAUUUCACGAAAAUUUACCUCAAAUGACAGCACUUAUACAGUAACAGAUAAUGACACAGAUAUCGAUGCCUUUUCCACAGCAGACACAGAUAUUGGUGAUGAUGAAUUCUAUGACUGCUCUGAUAGCGAAAGUGUUAUUGGCGAUAAUGAUAUGAGGAUCUCAGACGAACUGAACCAGCUGGAUGUAAUUCUGAAGGAGAUCGACGAAGAUGUGAGUGAACAGUUUAAUAUCAAUGUAUACUAUAAGCUACAGACACUGGUAAAAUCUCAUGAAGAUAAUGUAGAAGUAGUAUGGAGAUUCGCGAGAGCUUGUUACGAUCAUGCAGAGGCCGUAAACGAUACAAAUAUUAGAAGAACACUACUCCUUGAAGGAAUUGAACACUGUGAGAAAGUUAUUGAAGUUCAAAAUCCUCAUUUAUUCAAGUGGUAUGCUAUACUUGUAGGAUUAAAUGGAGAUUACUUAUCAACAGCUGAAAAGAUAAAGAAUGGUGUUCGGUUUAAAAAUUAUGUAGAAAUGGCCUUAGACAUGCGGCCGAAUGAUUCUGAAUUGCAUUACCUUUUAGGAAGAUUUAAAUACGAAAUAGCCAAUUUAAGUUGGCUUGAGAAAAAGGUAGCGGCAACAUUAUUUUCCGAAGUUCCAAGUGCUUCUUAUGAAGAGGCACUUGAUCGUUUUGAAACGGCAGCAAAGCUUGGACAUAAAACCCCACAAUCGCAAUUAUAUAUUAGCAAGUGUUAUAUUGCAUUAAAGCAAUAUUCACGUGCAGUUGAUUGUUUAAAAGAAAUUUUAGAUCAACCCUCAUUAAUAACUGAGGAUGAAAAAGUACACGCUGAAGCGAGUAAACUUUAUAACAAAUAUUUUGGAUAUUGUUCAUAGCAACAAAAAAUGUAUUUGUACAUCCCAUUUGCAUUUAGUAGUCGUGCUACCCUUUCUAUCUUUCUCGCAUACGCGCGCACGUACACGAAAAAAGAAAUAACAAAAUAUAGCCUAUUCUAAACAGUAACAUUAAAUAGCUCGUAACAAAUGAUUAUAUGGAACACAAGUACUAUAAAACUUUGGAAAACAUUUUAUCUACUAUAGCAGAUAUUACAAACAUUUUAUUUAAAGUUUUGUGAAAAAAAUGUAAUUUGUAAACAUUUGUAUAAGAAAGUACAUGUUAAUGGUGGAAAAUUUUGUAAAUGGUUAGCGAUAUGUACCUUAUUUGUAUAAGUUAGUAAAUAACAUUUUAUAUACAUAUACAUAUUGAUUGAGGCUACUGGAUUUAGUUAUUUUCUUAAAAACGGUUUGUAGAAUUUAUUACUGUUGAUAUUUAUUAUAUAAAUUUUCUAAAUAAUACUUAUAUAUGAUAAGAGUAAUGACACAUUUUUAUGUAGUUAAAUUGCAGUAACUUUUCUGAAUAUUUUUUAUUGAACAUUCCACUAAAAAUAUUUCAUUAAAAUUAUAAUUGAAAUCAAUUUUUGUUAAUGUUUAUAUAAUCUAUGCAAUGCGUAGUAGCUGGUGUGAUGUUAAUUAAUAAUUCUUAUGUUGGGCUCAAAAUAUUCAAGGAAGAUAUUGAUAAAUAAUACGUUUGAUUAUAUAAAUAUGAAACAAUCGUUUUUAAGAUACUUUACAAUGUUUUCAUUAAUGCAAUUGAAAUUCUGUAUUAGAAAAAUUAAAAUAUAAAA